CAACCACAACAACCACAACAAAACAUGCCUUCGAAAUUGAAGCCAAAUUGAAGCCAAAUUUCUGUGACUCAACUUUCUUCCCCUUCCCACAACCACAACAAAUCAUGGCUUCGAAAUUGAGUCCCGAGGACUCGAUCGCCCUGAUCAAAGCCAACCUCGCCGAAGUCCUCAAUCCUGAGAUCAUUGACAAUGUCAUCCUCAAAGAGAAACGCCCUCUCAAGGUAUAUUGGGGAUCUGCCACUACCGGGCGGCCUCACUGCGGUUACUUCGUGCCAAUGAUGAAGGUUGCAGAGCUGCUCGCGGCGGGUUGUCACGUCAAGAUUCUGCUUGCGGACAUUCACGGCUACCUGGACAACAUGAAAGCCCCCAUUGACCUCGUCGAGUUCCGUGCGAAAUACUACGAACGGGUUAUAAAGGCGCUGCUGAAGGCUGUUGGUGUGGAUAUAGCGCGGCUGGAAUUCGUGCUGGGCAGCUCUUACCAAUUGAACAAGGAUUAUACCAUGGAUCGGUUCAAGUUGGAGGGAAUCACAAGAGUUGAGGUCGCCAAGAAGGCGGGAGCUGAGGUUGUGAAGCAAUCGGCGGAUCCAACACUCGGAGGCUUAAUCUACCCUUUGAUGCAAGCCCUGGAUGAGCAAUACCUCGAUGUCGACGCACAGUUUGGAGGAGUAGAUCAGAGGAAAAUCUUCGCAUUCGCAAUGGAGAAUCUCCCAAAGAUUGGCUACAGUGUUCGGGCACAUUUGAUGAACUCAAUGGUCCCAGGAUUGGGAGAGGCUGCAAAGAUGAGCGCCAGUGAUCCAGACUCGAAGAUUGAUCUUCUGGACGACCCAGCAGCUGUGGAGAAGAAGCUGAAGAAGGCGAAGUGUCCACCAAAAGAGGUUGAGGGUAACGGAGUCAUCGCAUUCGUCGAGCAUGUUAUAUUCAGAGCCAUUGCGUUGAAAGUUGACCACGAACCCAUCUUCAAGGUCGAACGAAGAGACGAGGAACCUCUUCUCUACACUUCCAUCCAGAAGCUCAAGGAAGACUACGCAGCAGACAUUCUAACACCCCAACUCCUCAAAUCCGCCCUCACACACCAUCUGAACGAACUCCUCAAACCCAUUGUAGCCGAGUACGAAGCAUCACCCGACUGGCAAGCCAUCUCAUUACAAGCCUACCCACCAGAAAAGGCAGCUGUCAAGGUCAAGAAAGUCAAGGACAAGGGAGAUCCAGCGAAGCGAGCUGCGGCUGCUGCUGCACGGAAAAAUGUUGUUGCACAACCUGAUGGACAUGUGGAGGGAGAGGAUGCGGAAAAAGUUACUGUUGGGCCAAGUACCGAAGAGACAUUGCAAAAGUUAAAGGUGUCUGAACCAGAGUCAUAGAAUAGAGGCAAAAUACCCAUGAAUCUGCUUUUCGCUUGUUGUGUAUCUUCUCAUUCUUAUUUACCGUUUUGUACUGCCCAUUUUUGAACAUCUUUCUGUUGGCGGGUACAAGAUUUGGUUGUCUUCUCAAGAUGAAAAUAUCUCCUUCUCGAAGC